AUGGCAGACCUGAGCUACUUGUCCUUUCCGAAUCCUGACCAAUUUCGAUACCUUUCUAUCAUUGACGUGUUUAAAGAUAAGACAAAUGAGGCUCCUGAAAACGAAAUAUGUGUCGAACGAUCUGUGGGUGGCGGAAGAAGGUCGCUAACUAAUGCUGACCUGCUUAACAGGUCCACAGACAUAGCCAAAUACCUUAUAGCUAAAGGGAUCAGACCAGGAGAUAGCGUAGCCAUCACUGGGCCAAACUCGAUAGAGUGGAUUAUUGGCGAGUUUGCAAUCCUCAUGGCAGGGGCUGUCUCUGUUCAGAUUCACAAAACAUCGGAGUUGUUCUCUGAGACGUUAAAACUUCUAAAAUCUACCAAAUGUAACGCUGUUUUGAUUGACCCUGAGUCGGACGAAGACUAUGUAUCUGAUAUGGAAGCCCACUUUGGUACCGAGGGAUCCAUAAAGGAUAUAAUGGUAGCUUUGCUACUGAGGAAAUCGUUACCGUCAUCUCUGCUUUCAUUGGAUGAUAUUGUUCUGAAUGAUGCCGAAAAAGAGGUUUACCUUCCAAGGAUACAACCAGAGAGUAUCGCUUUGAUAUUUACCACCUCUGGCUCCACCGGCUUUCCUAAAAUGGUCGAGUACACACAUUUCGCAAUCACCAACGCUUCCUACUUAUCUUUUUUUGCAACAGCGGGAAACCCACCAUAUGGGAAAUGCUACAAUGAUCGACCAUUUUCUUGGUUUGCAGGUUCGCCUCUGUUCAGUAUCCUUAAUGGCAACACACGAGUGUUUAUGAACACUGCAAUAGGUAUGAAGACAGGAAACAUUUUGAAGAUUUGGGAUAUCAUCAUGGCCGAACAGUGUACGAGUGCUAUGCUACUUCCUUACGCAAUAUUCGAUAUCCUUGCAAAUCUCGACACUAUCACCAAAACAGGCUACAAGCUGUACACCAUCGCUACCGGUGGACAACGUAUUGGCAGUCAUGUCACUGAAGUCUGUGGUAAAUGUACAGAGAAGUUGAUUAUGGGCUACGGUACAACUGAGACCGCCGUUGUAUCUUAUAUCGAGAUGGCACCGGAAAUAGAAGAAGGGCAUGUCGGAUCGCUUUUACCGGGCUACGAGGUCAAGGUCAUCGGUGACAAAAAACAAAUCCUCAAUAGAGGACUUUUGGGUGAAAUCCUUGUAAGAUCUGCAUUUACGUUGAAGUCCUACCGCAAUGCCCGAGACCUGAACAUAGCGUCUUUUACUGACCACGACUGGUUUCGAAGUGGCGAUAUCGGAAUUAUCACAACGGAAGGCAAGUUGUUUUUGAAAGGUAAAUCCAAUGACGUCAUAAAGCGUGGUGGUUUGAAGGUUUUAGCUAGCAUUGUAGAAGCAGCGAUGUCGACAUUUCCGGAAAUACGAGAGGUUGUGGUGAUUCCGGUACCGGAUGCAAGACUCUUUGAGGAAGUAUGCGCCUGUUACGUACUGAAGGAUUAUUUGAAUACAACAGAAGUUGACCUGGACAAGAAAUGUCGAGUGAUUCUUGGUGACAACGUGUUAGGUAACACACCUUCCUACUUUCUUAGGUUUGAUUCGUUCCCUAGCCUUAGUAAUGGAAAGACCGACAAAGUUCUUCUCCGAAAGCAAGCCAUGAAAAGACUUAAUCUCGCAGGUUGGUAA